AUGGGAAACCAACAUGGCUAAGGAUUCGACCAUUCUAAACAAAGUGGUUUGUACAUUCGUACCGAUAAACCAUUUUAUUUUGCAGGCGAAGAAGUCAAAGGUAACUUAUAAAGUUAAUUAAGGCAAUAUUUACUUGAAUGUUGGGGGAGGUGCAUUUCCCAGUUCUACAAUUUACUUGAAAGUUAAAGGAUCCGAAAAAGCUAAAUGGACAGAAGUCAAAACUGUUUGGGAAGAUGUUCCAGGAACAAAUCCUCCAUAAAGAAGAUCAAAAUAAGUUACAGAACAUUAUGAUAACGAAAAUGAGUUUUAUUAACACAAAAUUCCAGUUUACAUUUUUUAACAAGGGUAUCUAUUCACAUUAUGAUAGAAUGAUUCCUUUAGGACAAUAUACAUUUCCAUUCAGUUUUAAAUUGAAAGAAAACUUGCCAGGCUCGUUUGAAUAUCAGGAAAAGGAUUUAGAGUGCAGAAUAAGAUAUAGUGUUAAGGCAGAAAUAGACUCGCCAAAUAAAAAUUUAGAUAAGGUCAAAUAUAAAUAAGAAUUUCUUGUUCGAGAACCAAUUAAGGAGUAAAUCAAUUAAAGCGAAGGCUCAUAAGUUUUAUAGCCAACUUCAUGUUGCUGUAUACCAUUAGGAGUAUAUUUAAUUAAAUAUAACCUUAGACUAUUUUAUUUAAGUUUCAAUUUGAUAAAACAGCUUAUUAGCCUGGUGAAAUUGCUUAACUACAAGUAGAGAUUGAUAAUUCUCAAUCAAAAGUUGGCAUUCCGACAAUCACAGGAAGAUUGACAAAUACAUUAAGAAUUGUGAGUAAAUAGGGCCACUCUAAAUUAAUACAUAGAAGUUGCGGAACUUCAAUGAUUCCAGGACUUCAAGCAGGCUAAUCUGCUCUAAAUGAACAAAGAAAGAACAUGACCUUAUCAUUAGUUGAUUAAGGAAGAAAUUAACCCUUGGAUCCAACUACAAAUGGAAAGGUAGUGAUGAAUAAUUAUCAACUCUCUGCUACUGGAGAUUUAGAUGGAACUUGUUUAUGCUGUACAACAACUCCAGGAAUAGAAUUUCCAAUUAGGAUUGUAGCUAAGCCGAUACCAAGUUAUGAUUAACCAGUUGUGGCUCCUUCUGGAUGGAAUCCACAAGUUAUGAACGUAAUAUUCAAUUUACUAUUAUAUUUAGCCUGUUGCUGUACAGUUUGAUGAUUCUUAUAAGUAUCAACCUGCCACUGGCGGAGUUUUAGUUCCAGCUUAAAAUCAUAAUCCACAAGGUUAUCAAAAUCCAAAUUAGCCAUAUUAUGGAUGAUUUAAAUAAAAC